UACGAUGAAGACACAUUUCAUCGAAAAACAUAACGAGAUCUGGUGCCAGAUUCGCUAUCAUCCAUUUAAUCGACCAAGGGCUGAUAAUAAAAAACAUUCGAUAAUAUUUUAUUUUCGUAAAAAUAAAUGUUUAGUCUGUGGAUAUAUGUUUCAAACAAACCCCAAGGUAUCGACUAUGAAAAAACAUUUCGCCACAAAACAUAAUGGUGAUUGGAGAGAAUAUGUUAAGAAUAGAAAAUUUAAUAAAAAGUUACUUCUCGCACAAGAAAUUGUCAAAAAGAGCGUAAAGAAACCUGAUACAAGUAAUCCGAUUCGAAAACUUCAAAACACCAAAUCUGUAGAGAAAAAAAAUAUUGUUAGAGGAAACAAAAAUUUUAAGAAACCUUAUGUUAUCGUUAAGAAAAGUGAUCCUCCCGUGACAGAUUUAAACCGUGAAAUUAUGAAUAAGUAUUUUAAUCAAUAUGAUAUGAUCGAUAUGUUUUGCUGUAAUUUUUGUAAAGAGGUUAUCUCACCAGAAUUGCUUAGAUUACACUUGAUAUUAAAAUGUAAACAUAGAUUAUGA